AUGGACGUCUCGUCUCCCGUCGGUUUGUUCAGCACAUGGGACUACGUGGUCUUUGCCAUGAUGCUCCUCGUUUCCGCGGCGAUCGGCAUGUACUACGCUUACAUCGGCCGCAGCCUCCAGAGCUCCAGAGACUUCCUGAUGGGCGGGCGCAGCAUGACGGCCGUCCCCGUGGCGAUGUCGCUGUCCGCCAGCUUCAUGUCGGCCAUCGUGGUGCUUGCCACCCCGGCCGAGGUGUACCGCUUCGGGGCCAGCUACGGGCUCUACUGCCUUUCCUACCUGCUGGUGGUGGUGGUCUGCUCUGAGGUGUUUCUGCCCGUCUUCUACAGGCUGGGCAUCACCAGCACCUACGAGUACCUGGAGAUGCGCUUCAACCGAACGACACGGUUGUUUGGCACCGCCUUGUUCAUUCUGCAGACGGUCCUCUAUGCUGGUAUAGUCAUCUACGUCCCUGCACUGGCCUUGAACCAAGUGACUGGUUUUGACCUGUGGGGGGCAGUCAUAGCUACAGGAGUAGUGUGCACCUUCUACUGUACUCUGGGCGGGCUGAAGGCGGUGGUGUGGACGGAUGUGUUCCAGGUGGGAAUCAUGGUGGCUGGCUUCCUGUCUGUCAUCAUCCAAUCAGUGGUGAGGCAGGGCGGCGUGGUGGCCAUCUUGAACGAUGCCGCAGAGGGGGGGCGACUCGACCUUUGGGACUUUGACCUGAACCCACUAAGAAGGCACACCUUUUGGACCAUUACGUUUGGUGGAGCGUUUGUGUGGAUCAGCGUUUAUGGCAUCAACCAGGCUCAAGUGCAGAGAUACAUGUCCUGCAAGUCCCUGGGCCAUGCCAAAAUGUCCCUGUAUAUUAACCUGCUGGGUCUGUGGGUGAUCGUGCUGUGUUCAGUCUUUGCUGGCUUGUGUCUCUACUCCAUCUACAAGCACUGCGACCCCUGGACUGCCGGACUCAUCUCCGCACCAGACCAGUUAAUGCCCUUUCUGGCGCUGGACAUCUUGCGAGGGCACCCUGGUCUUCCUGGACUGUUUGUGGCCGCGGCGUACAGUGGCACUCUGAGUACAGUGUCCUCCAGCAUCAACGCCCUGGCCGCAGUGACAGUGGAGGACCUGGUGAAGCCGUACAUGGACCUGUCUGAGAAGCAGCUCUCCAGGCUCUCGAAAGGCCUUAGCUUUAUGUAUGGGGCUGUGUGCAUUGGAAUGGCAGGACUAGCUUCUCUCAUGGGGGGUCUUCUGCAGGCGGCGGCCAGUAUUUUUGGAGUGAUAGGUGGACCCCUCCUGGGCCUGUUCACCGCGGGAAUCCUCUGCCCUUUUGUCAACGCCACGGGUGGCCUGACAGGGCUAGUCUGUGGGUUGGCGCUGUCUCUGUGGGUUGGCAUUGGUGCCCACCUGUACCCCCCUCUGCCUGCCAUGAGCAGACCGCUCCCUCUGACCACACACGGGUGUAACGUCACACAGGGCAUUCUCAACCACACUGCCACACACAUCCUUCCACAGCUGGAUAACUUCUCCAUCGCCCUCCUAAACAGUACCCACAGCAGGCCUGUGUUAGCUGACAGCUGGUACUCCGUGUCCUAUCUCUACUUCAGUCCUAUCGGCACGCUCACGGCAUUGGCUGUCGCCAUCAUUACCAGCCUGCUAACAGGAAACAGGAAGUUCAAGCCUUCAGCAGGAUUAACCCUAUGCAAGGAAGACCUCACCCUCUACUGUCUCCUGAGUCUCCUGAGAGAGAAGGUGUCCCCUCGUGCAGGGAGGCUGGACUUCAGUAAGGACCCUGAGAAGAAGGUGGGCCUCAGCAACCCGGCGUUCUGCAGCGUAGAGCUGGGCUCCACCUACACCAGGUCCAGCGGGCCUCCUGCGUAG